UGUGGACUUGCACACGUCUUUGAAUCCAUCCCACCUCCUCUCCUUCGUAUAAAUCUUGCAAUCUCUUCGCCCACUCGAUCUCGUGUUCGCCAUUGCUGUGAUCCCCUCCAACUUCUUAUCAGCCCACCACCUGCAAGAGUCAAAGAAGACGACGACGAGCAUUGCGACAACGGCAAUGGAGGAGCAGCAAGAGCAGGUGGAGGUGCCGUCCUACUUCCUGUGCCCCAUCUCGCUGCAGAUCAUGCGCGACCCGGUGACACUCCCCACCGGCAUCACCUACGACCGCGACGGCAUCGAGCGCUGGCUCCUCGCCGCCAGCACCUGCCCGCUCACCAAGCAGUCCGUGCCGGCCGACUGCGACCCGACGCCCAACCACACGCUUCGUCGGCUCAUCCAAUCAUGGUGCGCCCUCCACGCCGAUCAUGGCGUCGAGCUCGUCCCCACCCCCAAGCCCCCCGUCGACCGCGAGCGCGUCGCCGAGCUCGUCUCCCGCGUCCAGGCCGCCACCAGCUCUGCAGCUGGCCUCCUCGACGCGCUGCGUGAGCUUAAGGACGUGGCCGCCGAGAGCGACCGGAACAGGAAGCUCCUCGCGGCCGUCCCCGGCGCGGUGGACAUCCUGGCCGCCGUCGUCGUCGCGUCGUGUCAAGAUGCAAAGGCCACGUGCGACGAAGCCCUUGAGGUCAUCUGCUCGCUGCAGCUCUCGGAGCAGUGCCUGAUGGGCGUCGUCGAGAGGAACGAGGAGCUCGUCGACGCGCUCGUCGCGACCUUGCAACGGUCGAACACCACGUCCAGGGCGCACGCGGCGCUCCUCCUGGAGGCCGUGACGGCGGUCAUGCCGUCGAACUGGCUGGUGUCCCUCCCGGAGGAGGUGUUCGGGGAGGUGGUGCAGCUGCUCAGAGAAAAGGUGUCCAACCCUGCAACCAGGGCGGCCCUGCACGUGCUCGUCGGCACGACUCCGUGGGGCCGCAACCGCGUGAAGGCGGUCGACGCCGGGGCGGUGCCGGUGCUGGUCGACAUGCUCCUGGACGGACCGGACCGGCGCGGGUGCGAGCUGGCGCUCGGCGCGCUGGACCGGCUGUGCGGGUGCGCGGAGGGGCGGGCGGCGCUGGUGGCGCACGGCGCGGGCGUGGCGGUGGUGGGGAGGAAGGUGCUGAGGGUGUCGGAGGUGGCGAGCGACAAGGCGGUGCGGGUGCUGCGGUCGGUGGCGAGGCACGCGGCGACGGCGGCGGUGGUGCAGGAGAUGGCGCAGACGGGGGCGGUGGGGAAGCUGUGCGUGGUGGCGCAGUCGGAGCAGUGCGGCGAGAGGACGCGGGAGCGAGCGCGGGAGACGCUGCGGCUGCACGCGAGGGCGUGGAGGAACUCACCUUGCUUGCAGCCUCACCUCCAGGCCCUCUACCCUUAUUAGUUCUUGCUCAUCGCACAAAAUCUAACUCCUUUUCGUUUGAUUCAUUGAUGUAGCCCGUCCUGUAGCUUAGAAUCAAAGUGUACAGAGAGGCAAUUAUUUUUUGUUUGGGCUCUAAAAAUCUCCU